CGUCCAAUGCGGAAGUAGCUCUUUCAAUCCUCCUUACGCGUGCAUUUGCACUUUGGGCUCUUGUUUUUGCAUUAACACAGAGUUUCUAAGUGCAUAGUUUACUGUUGUUAGAUAAAACAGACAGAGGCGUGUGUGGUUCAGUCAUGUCGUCGAGCGGAGAAGCAGUUUUAAAGGCCGUGGAGACGCCGCUGUUCUGGCUCGGUGCUCUGACCGCGGCCUGGCUCUCUGUGUGCUCCGUGUGCCGGCUGCUGAACGGGAUCAGGGUGUGGGUGCUGGGCAACGGGCGGCUCGUGUCACCCACCAAGCUGGGGAAAUGGGCAGUUGUGACAGGAGCCACAGAUGGGAUUGGGAAAGCUUAUGCGGAGGAGCUUGCCCGCAGAGGCUUUGCUAUCGUGCUGAUCAGCCGCUCUCAGGAGAAGCUGGAUGACGUAUCCAAGGCCAUCGCGAGCAAAUGUGGCGUGGAGACCAAAACGAUCGCAGCAGACUUCAGCACCGUAGAUAUCUACUCUAAGAUUGAAGCUGGACUUGCAGGACUGGAGAUUGGAGUUUUGGUGAACAAUGUUGGAAUAUCUUAUACUUACCCUGAAUUCUUCCUCAACGUCCCCAAUCUUGACAAGUUCAUCGACACCAUGGUCAACAUUAACAUCACAUCAGUGUGCCAGAUGACUCGUCUUGUUUUACCACGAAUGGUGGAGAGAAAGGCGGGCGCCAUCCUCAACAUCUCGUCUGCCAGUGGGAUGUACCCUGUUCCUCUCCUCACUGUCUACUCUGCCUCCAAGGCAUUUGUGGAUUUCUUCUCACGAGGACUGCAGGCAGAAUACAAGAACAAAGGCAUCAUCAUCCAGAGUGUCCUGCCAUUUUUUGUUGUGACCAAGCUGAGUAAAAUCCGACGGGCUACGCUGGACAAGCCCAGUCCAGAGCGCUACGUGUCAGCUGAGCUUAACACGGUGGGGUUACAGACCCAGACUAAUGGCUACCUGCCCCAUGCCAUUAUGGGCUGGGUGACUACAGCUCUGCUCCCUGCCAAGAUCCUCAACAGCCACGUGAUGGGGAUGGGUUUGUCCCAGCGCGCUCGUUACCUUAAGAAGCAGAAGCAGGGUUAGAUGGAUCAGCGGCGGCAACAGGCAGAGGGGGACCAGCUGUGUUAACGACUCGUCCGACUACCAUCAUCAUGGACCAUGAAGAGAAAAUGUGACAGUUUCUGGGCAACAUCUCAGUUUCCCUUCCCUCUGAUACUCCCAGUCAUAGAUGAUGUGAGGCAGCAUCUGGCCACGGUUGCCGUUACAUGUAUUCAAUCCAAAACAGUUGUGUGAAAAAUACUGAACAAAGUGGUGCUCUUCAUCGAGUGAUCAGCUUUAAUGAGUGGAACACUAACAUGGAAACUAAAAACAAUUCGCCAAGCUAUCCAUCUGUCCACAAAACAUGAUCAAAAAUUAAGGAUAUAGAUGAUUUGGAUGUGAGGUUGGAGGCCUCUGUAUCUGUGUAUACAUUGGGGUCUCCUGUGAGUAUGUGAACUAGCUUUUAGCUAUGCUGACUAGCUUAAAGCUAUGUCGUCAAACACUGGAGGUGGUUCUUUCUCUCUAGAGCACUUACACAAUGUUUUCUCAAGGUUUAAAAGGUGGCAGUGGGUAUUUUGUGACAUUAAUAGCUUCCUUAAUCCCUCCAUUUUCGGCAUUUGUUUUUCAUUUCAUAUCAGAAGUUUCAAAGCACUUAGAUUUACACCUUUCUUGUUUGCUUUUUUCAUUUUAACAUUUUCCUCUGCAGUAUUGAUGUAGUGGUGAAGGGACCAUAUGUUUGAUUUAACAAAACUGCGUUUCAUCUCUUUAAAAAAACAAACAAACAAAGAAAAGAAAUUAAGAGGAGGCUUUGUAGAUGAAUAACCACCAAAGAGGGAGAAGUUUUGGUGAAGUAUGGAAAUGUGUGUUUUGUUCACAAACCAAAUUGAUUCUAAAACUCAUUCUUACAACUGCCUGUUAUUGCCUGGCAUUAUACUCUCUCGCCGGAAAUUCUUAAAAUCCCAGAAAAUCCUCCCAAAAUACACUUGAUCCCGAUAUAAUGAGUGGUUGGUCUGGUUGAGUGUGUGACAAUAAAUGUGUCACAUCAACAGUAAUCUUGGAUCUUUUCACCUGCAUUGUUGAAUUUACUGAAUAAAGACCAAACCACAUGUGCAGACGAGACAAACCUGUGAAAUAGUGUAAAAUCUCUGAUAUUCUCUUUUUGAAAGGUGCGUGUAUGUUGAGUUUGUGUGUUCCUAGAGUUGUAGUCUCAUAUCUCACUUGUCUUGGCUUUAAGUUAUACUGUAUUAUGUAGAGGUGUAGACUUGGACUUGGACCUAAGUCAGACUUCCAUCCAUCCAUUUUCAACCACUUAUCUGAAGCCAGGUCGUGGGAGACGCAGGCUGAACAACAUAUUGCAGACUUGAGUCACAAAUUUGGCGACUUCAGACUUGACAAAAUAAAAGACUUGCAGCUCGACUUGAACUUUAACACCAGUGACUCGUGACUUCUCUUGGACUUGAACUUUUUGACUUGAAAAUACUUGAUACCUUCCCUCGAGACAAUUUGGGAAGAGAUAGUAACAGACAUUUUCCCAGUAUGAGAUAAGGUAAAUACAGCAAGACGGGACGGAGACCAAAGAAAACAAAAUUCAUUCUGUUGGGCUAGUCGACUCGUUAAUAGCACUACUUGUUCUUAGGAUACUCUUGUGUUAAAAUGGCAUUACAUUUGGUGAGGAGCCCAAUAUCACUUGUUUAGGACUCAGAUCUCUAAGUUUAGGACUUGGGACUUGACUCUGAUUUGUCUGUCUUGAAUUGGAAAUUUGUGCAAACCUACUUGUAACUUACAAAACAAUGUCUUUGUCACACUUCUUGCAUCGAUUCCUAUAGAAAAGUCAGACUCGACAUUUCACUCGUACUGACUCUUCAUGUGCAGCAGCAGGGGAGCAACUUUAGUUAUUCGUGUUUUCCUCAAAGGUACUGGCAUUAGGUUUUAGGCAUACUCCUAAUUCCUCGGGUGCAUGCUGUUUGGGGUGAAAGCAGAGCAAGACACAGCACCUAGGAAACUAUAUUGCAUUUGUCCUUCCAGCCAUCAAUAAAUCUCAAUUCAAAUAACCUGA